AUGAGUUCCAUAACAACAAAACUUGCCUCUAAAACACUGAAAAGAAUCCUCACCUUCACCCCAAAACCCACCACCACUUUCUCUCGCUCUUUCUCGGCCGAGACCCAAACCCAAAAGCUCGAACGCAUUGCUGACGAGCUUCUUGACCUAACAAAGAUCGAGAGGCACGACUAUGCCAUUCUCUUCAGACAUAAAAUGGGUCUUCAACGCUAUGGCCCUGCGGUAUCUGGAGCCAUUUUAUCAGGCCCGGGUGCACCUGGAUCCGCCUCUGGGGAUGCGAAGCCGGCUGAAGCGGCUGAGAAGACUGCCUUUGAUAUUAAAUUGGAGAAGUUCGAUGCAGCGGCUAAGAUCAAGAUUAUAAAGGAAGUUCGGACUUUUACUGAUUUGGGUUUGAAGGAAGCUAAGGAUUUGGUGGAGAAAGUGCCUGUGGUUUUGAAGAAGGGUGUUACUAAAGAGGAGGCUAAUCCAAUUAUUGACAAGCUUAAAGAAUUGGGAGCUACCGUGGUUGGUGUUGUUGCUAGGAUAUCUCUUGAAAGAAGAGCACAUAUUGUGUUUCUUCUCAUAAAUUGCGAAUCCCGUAUCAAAAUACUUUUGAGGUUUACUUGGGACUGUGUGAGGUUGAGUGCCAAAGACAAUUUGGGAUUUGAAAAAACAGAUUUGAGGAAAAAGUGUAGUAGCAUUAAUGUGAAAGACCAUAUAGACACGAACCCGGACAGGCCAUAUCGCAAAGAUCGUGAUGAGUUGCAUGAGAGAGUCAACCAGACAGCUCAGAUUCUAUCUUGGUCGUCCAUGGUGUCAACCGAUGUUAUCUUCCCGGAUGACAAAAUGAACAGGAACACAUAUCAUGUUGGAAGCAACUGUUCCUCUGAAUCUCAGCAGACGGUUUCUUCUGCACACGGUUUUUCGUUUGCCAAAUCUGCAUCAGGUCAAACCAUAGCAUCGGGUUUAGAUAUUGAUUCAGGUCAAUUUCAUCUGAACGCUCAAUCAAGCUAUACUGAUGAAAAAUGUGGAGAUAAAUUGUGA